AUGGGGCUGAAGCUUCACUACCACAAUCACUAUCAUUCUCCUAGAGGAGGAGCACUUGGUGCUCUUCUGCUGCUGCUGCUUCCCAUUUUCUUGCCCAGUUUGUUCAGCCCAUUGGGCCAUGCUUCACCUUCCAUGUUGUCGGAAUGGAAUGUUCCAAAAUCUAGACACCAGCGUCUUCUCAAGAGUGCUUUACAACGCCAAACUUCAGAAAGGGAACUCUCAGAUCUAUGGACUCCAUUGGCCAACCAAUCAUUGAAACCUUGUGCAGAAUCAUCAAUUGCCCCUUCAUUACCAGAGAAAUCUGAGGGAUUUAUCCAAGUAUUUCUUGAUGGAGGGCUGAACCAGCAGAGGAUGGGGAUAUGUGAUGCAGUUGCUGUUGCUAAAAUACUGAAUGCAACUCUUGUGAUCCCGUACCUUGAAGUGAAUCCCGUAUGGCGAGAUUCGAGCUCCUUCAUGGAUAUAUUUGAUGUUGAUCAUUUCAUUAAUGUAUUAAAGGAUGAUAUUUCCAUAGUUAAAGAGCUACCUUCUGAUUUCUCCUGGAGCACAAGGGAGUACUAUGCAACGGCCAUCCGAGCUACCAGAGUUAAGACAGCACCUGUGCAUGCUUCAGCCAACUGGUAUCUAGAGAACGUAUUGCCUGUAGUUCAGAGUUAUGGAAUAGCAGCAAUUGCCCCUUUCUCUCACCGCCUGACAUUUGAUAACUUGCCUAUGGACAUCCAACGGCUACGCUGUAAGGUCAACUUUCAAGCAUUAGUUUUUGUCCCUCAUAUUAGAGCACUUGGAGAUGCUCUAAUCAGCCGCCUUAGAAAUCCUUCUGGCAAAAGUGGAGCAGUUGGCACCAAUUACCUGCAGGAGAUGCCUGAUGUGAAAAAUAAACAAGGGGCAGGGAAAUUUGUUGUGCUACACCUACGGUUUGAUAAGGAUAUGGCAGCCCAUUCAGCCUGUGAUUUUGGUGGUGGAAAAGCUGAAAAACUGGCUCUGGCCAAAUACCGACAAGUAAUCUGGCAGGGAAGGGUCCUUAACUCCCAGUUCACUGACGAAGAGUUGAGGAGUCAGGGCCGUUGUCCAUUAACUCCAGAAGAGAUUGGAUUGCUGCUUGCAGCUUUGGGGUUUGACAACAGUACUCGUCUAUAUCUUGCUUCCCACAAGGUAUAUGGUGGGGAAGCUAGGAUUUCAACCUUGCGAAGAUUGUUUCCACUAAUGGAAGACAAAAAGAGCCUUGCUUCUUCAGAAGAACGGGCCCAAAUAAAAGGAAAGGCUUCUUUGUUAGCAGCAGUUGAUUACUACGUUAGCAUGCACAGCGACAUCUUCAUUUCUGCUUCUCCAGGAAAUAUGCACAAUGCACUGGUAGGGCAUCGAACUUAUGAGAACUUGAAGACGAUUAGGCCGAGUAUGUCACUGUUGGGUCAACUCUUCCUAAACAAAAGCAUUAGCUGGUCAGACUUCCAGCAGUCAGUAGUAGAAGGGCACCAAAACAGACAAGGGCAAAUCAGGUUGAGAAAGCCAAAGCAGUCCAUAUACACCUAUCCUGCUCCCGACUGCAUGUGCCAGGCAUGA